AUGAAUAAUGAAACUUUCAACGAAAACGAGGCCGUUUCGUCAGAUGACAAUUUUGAAUCCGAAAUAAGCGACUAUGAAUUAGAAGAUACCAAUCACGAAGAUUUAGAAUCAGAAGGUGAUGAAAAUGAGGAAGAGGAAAUAGUGGAUGAUAUAGACGGCCAUGACAUUGGAUAUACACACCAAGAUAUCAAAAUGAUCGAUAAUGAUCCGCUAGAAGAAAACGACGAGGAUGAUAUGUUAGAAACCCAAGCUUUUCAAAUUGGAUCAAUGAAAAUUAAUAUUGACAAACCUAGCCUAAACGCAGUUGAAGCGGUCAGAGCUUCAUUAGUAGACUGUCUAGUGAAUGAAAUCCCACAAAAAAUUCCCACUGCUUAUAUAUCUAGUUUUAAUAACGAAAAGUCAAUUCAAUCUUUAAAAAUCAUUUUUGAAGGUUUUCUUUGGUAUUUUCAAGUUAAUGAAUCAACCGGUGUGGGUAAAUAUAUAAAAUUAAUUCAACAGUGUGUAUAUAACGAAGAUAACUUCUUAGUCAUUGAUUAUCGAGAUUUGAACGAAUUUGACCAACGCUUCACCAAUUGGUUAAUUAAUUUCCCUGAUACUGUAUUACCAUUUUGCAAUGAAAUAGUAUUAUCAAUAGCUAAAGCAAUAAAUCCUAGUGUUUAUGUGAAAAAAGCGAUUGCGUGUAGAAUUUCGAAUUUCCCAUUCUCUCUUAGAAUUCGUGAAAUUACUCCAGGUCACAUAAAUAAAUUUAUUUGUGUUGAAGGUAUAUGCAUCAAGCGUACCGAAGCGUCUCCUCAACUUAAAAUUGUGUAUUAUAAAUGUCUAAUCUGUGGUAGUGAGAUCAAUGGGCCUUAUAGAAUAACUAUACAUGCUGAAAAUACAAUUAAAAAAAUAUGUCUAGAUUGCCAAUCGAAAGGUCCAUUUCUGGUGUCUCAGGAAAACACGGUUUAUGAGAAUUAUCAACAAAUAGUUUUGCAAGAAUUAACUUCAACGAUUCCGCCUGGUGAUAUACCUAAUCAAUUUACAGUCGAGCUUUUUGGUUCUCUCACUAAUGUGAUAAAGCCAGGUGAUGAUGUGUUGGUAACAGGCCAAUAUGAAGUUCAUCAAAGUAUCUCAUUAGUCAGUAAAGCUGGUUUUUCAUUAUUUACACAAACACUCAAAGCUAACUACAUACAAAAACGCAAAAGUCUACGAAUAAAGGACUUAAGCCCAACAGAUAUAAAGAUCUUUUAUAAAUUAUCUAAGCACCCCCAAAUUAGGCAAAAAUUGAUUAAAUCGAUAGCUCCGGCUGUUUGGGGUAAUCAGUUUAUCAAGACAGCUCUUGUCGCUACUUUAUUUGGAGGUAACAGGAAAUUAGCUUCAGAAGGACAUAAUAUUCGUGGAGAUAUAAAUGUUUUGCUGAUUGGAGAUCCAGGGAUGGGUAAAUCGCAGUUUUUAAAAUAUGUAGAGCACAUAUUUCCAAAAACAAUUCUGACAACAGGCAAAGGAGCUUCAGGAGUCGGACUCACUGCAGUUGUAAAGAGAAACACUGCUACUGGAGAAUGGUCUCUCGAGGCGGGAGCAUUCGUUUGUGCUGAUCAAGGAAUUUGUUUAAUUGAUGAGUUCGAUAAAAUGACUGAGCAAGAUAGGGUUAGUAUUCACGAAGCAAUGGAACAACAAUCUAUUACAAUUAGUAAAGCGGGAAUUGUAGCAUCACUACAAGCUCGGUGUUCUGUUAUUGCCGCAGCAAAUCCAAUUGGAGAUAAAUACAAUCCAACUUUAAAUCUCAGCAGAAACGUCGAUUUAAGCGGACCUAUUUUGUCUAGGUUCGAUAUAAUUUGUAUAAUUCGUGAUAAAGCUUUCCCGUUGCAGGAUUUAAAUUUAGCAAACCACGUAAUAAAUUCUCAUAUUUUCGCUCACAGCGCGAACGAUGAGAAAGCUUUCUUGAAUUCACAAAAAGGAAUUCCGCGAUGGGUUAUUAAUGAUAAUAUUAUUCCAGAAGAAUAUUUAACUAAAUAUAUUAUGUACGCUAGAGAAACGUGUUUUCCAAAACUACAGCCUCAAAACGAAUCUAAGAUCGUUAAUUUCUACACCACACUAAGACAGGUUACAGCUCAUUCAGGAAACAUGCCUAUGACUGUGAGAAAUUUGGAAUCAUUACUCAGAAUAAGCACGGCUUUUGCGAAAAUGCGCUUGAGCCCUGUGAGCAAAUGA